CUACUCCCUUCCCCCUUCCAUCCUUCCACUAUUUAUAUCAUCGCUCUCUCUCUCAAUCAUACGCAUUUCUUCGACUCUCUCCCAAAACUCACACAACCCUUUCUUCUCUCUCUAAACCCUUCUUCUUCAUAUUCUACUCUCUCUGUGAUGGAUUCCGAUCUUGAAGUGAAAGCCAUAGAGGCUUUUGUCGAAGACCACUUUGAGUUAGCGGUUGAACUUCUCACUCAAGCAAUUCAUCUUGACCCUAACAAACCUGAACUCUAUGCUGAUCGUGCCCAAGCCAAUAUCAAACUCAAUAACUUCACUGAGGCUGUUGCUGAUGCAAACAAAGCAAUUGAGUUGAAUCCUUCUCUGUCAAAGUCAUAUUUGCGCAAAGGUAUUGCAUGCAUGAAGCUUGAGGAAUAUCAGACUGCUAAGACCGCUUUAGAGACGGGUGCCUCAUUGGCUGAUGACAAAUCAAGAUUUGUUAAUUUGAUCAAAGAAUGUGAUAAACUCAUUGCAGAAGAAUCUUACGCCGAACCUGCACAGGAAAAGACUACAACACAGGGUGCAACUCUGAAUGCUGUUCAUCAAGAAAAUGAUCUUGUAGAGAAGCCGAUAAUUGUGGUUGCUAAACCUAAAUAUAGGCAUGAAUAUUACCAGAAACCUGAAGAAGUGGUUGUAACUAUAUUUGCAAAGGGGGUAUCAAAGGAAAGCAUUACUAUGGAGUUCGGUGAACAAAUACUAAGUGUCACCAUUGAUGUCCCUAAUGAAGAUGCAUAUGUCUUUCAAUCUCGCUUAUUUGGAAAGAUCAUACCUUCCAAAUGCCGGUAUGAAGUUUUGUCCACCAAAAUUGAAAUUCGCCUUGCGAAAGUCGAACCUAUUCACUGGAAAUCCCUAGAAUUCACCAGAGAAACCGCAGUUGCACCAAGGACUAUUGCUUCUUCAGUUACUGGAACUCAAAGACCCACAUACCCAUCCUCAAAACCAACAAGAGUAGAUUGGGAUAAGCUUGAAGCUCAAGUUAAGAGUGAGGAGAAAAGUGAAAAACUUGAUGGCGAUGCGGCAUUGAACAAAUUUUUCCGGGAAAUAUAUCAUGAUGCUGAUGAGGAUACAAGAAGAGCAAUGAAAAAAUCAUUUGUGGAGUCUAAUGGAACAGUGCUGUCAACAAACUGGAAGGAAGUGGGAACUAAGAAGGUUGAGGGAAGUCCACCUGAUGGCAUGGAGUUGAGGAAAUGGGAAUAUUAAUAUGUUUUUCUGAAUCAAUCAAUCUUAUGUGGGAUUAUAUAAUACUUUGGAAUUUGGAUUUUUAAUGAGUUUUCAUUCAUGUCAUGUUACUUCACCUUUUUACCCCCUUGUUUGGUGAAUUUAAUGCACAUUCUGUUUUACUUUUAA